AUGUGGGUCUUGUGCCUGCUUGCCAAUCUUCCUGUAGUAUUGAGGAUUCGUCAGGACGAGCUCCAGUUACUGCAUGAUAACCUAUCCAAUUUGAAGGCGCGAAGCAAAGAGCAUGAAAUUCGUACAGCUCCGGUUAUUACGCGUGAUGCCUACGUGGCCGCGGGCUACCGUGAAGAAACAUCACAGUACGGCGUUUUGGGACGCACCAUGUCCAUCUUCAAUGGCUCGAUGUCGUAUGCCCCUGUAGACCCUCGUCUUUAUGUGAACACAAACGCUCCAUUUUCUGCAGUCAUUUGUGGGGUCCAGGGUUCUGGAAAAUCUCACACAGUGUCUGUUCUGCUGGAGAGCAUGUUUAUUCCAAACCUGCCACCAAUCGGGACAUUGAAGAAGCCUUUGUCAGGUCUGGUCCUUCAUUUUGGCGAAGGGGGCCCUAGUGCACGACCGUGUGAGGCUGCGUGGGUUGCCACCUCCGAGAAUCCCGCCAUAAAGACCCCCAGGGUCAAGGUAUAUGUAUCCAAGUCAUCAAUCAACACUAUGAGAGCGGUUUAUGCACCUUUGGGCGACCAGGUUGCUGUAGAGCCACUGCUGUUUGACAAGAAUGAGCUAGACGCGCAGGCAUUUUUAUCCAUGAUGGCAGUCGGCUCCUCGGAAAGCGCACCGCUUUAUAUGCAAGGGGUGCUGUCUAUUUUACGCGAGUUGGGCGAAAAUUUCACAUAUGACAAGUUCAUGAGGCGUCUUGACGAACGCAAGGAGGCCUUUAAUUCACUUCAGAUUUCUGGAUUGGAACAACGCAUGCUACUCUUGACAUCGCUCCUCAGCAACGACAAAUACUCCAAGCCCACCAGUCGUUUUGCGGCUGGUCAGCUGACCAUUGUUGAUCUCUCAGAUCCGUUUAUCGACCCUGCAUCUGCUUGUGGACUAUUCGAGAUCAUUACACGCAUCUUUGUCCGUGCUGAAGUCGGCACGGGAAAAGUCCUUCUCGUUGAUGAGGCUCACAAGUACCUGUCCCCGAACAAGACGGCGUCGGGGCUUACCAAGUCUCUUCUAACAUUGACCCGAGAACAACGUCAUUUGGCAAUGCGAGUGAUCAUUAGUACUCAAGAACCAACGGUGAUCCCGCCAGUGCUGCUAGAUCUGUGCACGAUCUCGAUAUUGCAUAGAUUUUCAUCCCCGUCGUGGUGGGAACACUUGUCGAAACACGUUUCGGCUGACAUCUCGGCUGACGAUGCGUUCGAUCGCGUUGUCAAACUUGAGGUUUGGAUAUCGUUUGGUGGUAAUUUCCCACUAUCUACUAACACUAGACGACAGACCGGCGAGGCGAUCGUCCUUGCUCCGUCUGGGUUCGGAGUCUUCCCAGACGCACAUGUGGGAGCCUCAAAGGCAAGCCUAACGGUCCCAAAACUCAAUCAAUUUGGUAGGCGGUAUAUUUUGAUGAAAACCCGGCGCAGGAUUACACGCGACGGUGGAUCAUCUAUUCUGGUAGUCGAGUGA